AUGGUUAAGAUGGCUUCAACGGAGGAACAGGACAGGAAAAUCGUGCUGGAGUUCUGCCACCUGCUGGAGAAGUCGAAGCAGCUGUUCAACGGUCUGCGCGAUCUGCCGCAGUACGGGCACCGGCAGUGGCAGGCGUACUUCGGCCGAACGUUCGACGUUUACACCAAGCUGUGGAAGUUCCAGCAGCAACAUAGACUAGUCCUAGAUUCUAAGUAUGGUUUAAAGCGAUGGCAAAUCGGAGAAAUAGCUAGCAAAAUUGGGCAACUCUAUUAUCAUUAUUACCUUAGAACGAGUGAAACAAAUUAUCUCAAUGAGGCAUACUCUUUUUAUUCUGCGAUCAGAGGGCGCGCUUACUACUCUAGAGCAAUCAAGGAGGACCGACCGGAUCUCAUGGUUAAGAAACUACGUUACUACGCUAGAUUUAUUGUUGUUUGUUUACUGUUGAAGAAGAUGAAGCUAGUGAGAGAGUUAGUUAUCGAAUUAGAGCGACAAAUACAGGAAUACACCACAACCUACGAGCCAGAGGAUCAACUGGAGUGGUCGCUGGUGCUAGAGGAGAUCAAGGGAUUCAUCAAGGCGGAAUCGGCCGUCGCCGUGCUGCAUGCCGACACCAACCCAAUCGUACUGUCGCACAGUGGUUCUGGUUCCAGGUUGAGCCCGCUCACGACGCCACCCUGCGAGCGGACGCCGCACAUGACGCUCAGUCUGCAGGAGAUCCUGAUCGUGGGUUCCGCCUGCGAGCAGGCAAAGUUUUCCGAGCUGACAAUGGACAUGUUCCGGAUGCUACAAACACUGGAACGUGAACCGACGGACGCGAUGCACCCGAUGAUCGGCCAUCCGAUGGCACACGGAGGUCCUCAUGAUGCCAGCCCUGCGGCUAGCCGGAUGCCUCCAUAUGGUGUACCGGGCUCGAAAGGAUACGUGGAGAAUGGCGAUCGACGUUCGAUGCGAGACAACCCGCACAAGUACUUGCUGUACAAACCGUCGCUCAGCCAACUGAUGGUGUUUCUAUCGAGUGGAUUCAAGGAGCUGCCUCCAGGCGGUGCCCUGCUGCUGUACAUGUCUGCGGAUGGGUGCUUCUCGACUACGAAGCACCCACAAGACUACGGCUACGAGUUAGGUGGUUUAGCAACCAGCGUGAAGCGGGACGCGGUGGACAGUGGAUUGUCAGUGCGCGGGAAGUCCAGCGCUGGCUAUAAGGAACCGCACUGUCUGUAUCCUGGCGAUCUUUAUCCCUACACGAGACGGCCUCUCUUCAUCAUUAUCGAUUCGGACAAUUCAUUCGUGUUCCAGCACAUACCUAGGUACUUCGGUCAACCAUUAGUUAUACUCAUGUCACCCCAGGACGUUCCUGCCAGCUAUCAAGAUUUGCAGCACCACGGCUCGCUGUUCACGUUAUUCCUGCACUCGCCAAUGACGGCCAUGUGCUACAUCUGCAACGUCGGCGAUGUGCCGAUCCACCAUUGGGAGCGAUGCCAGAGUUACGUCGAUCGGUUCGUGACGGAGGCGUCCCGUCUGGUGACGCGCUGCCGUAUGGAUGAAAUCGAGCAAGGUAUCGGGUAUAUAGAUUCUUCAUACGUGCAGUUCUUUGGAGACGAUUUCCUACGGACACUCAUUCUUCGAUUCGUAUUUUGUGACGUGGCGCUGCGGUUGCAUCGGGGCUUCCGGGGCCGACACCAGAGGCCUCGUUGCGAACCUCCCCUACCAGGACCGGAGCUGGUGGAACACCCGUCAUUGGCGCACAUUGUGCUGCAGUUGGCAACGGCUCUCGACGUACGGGGCCAUUUCGUGGAAGGCCCAGAAGGCGAUUGA